AUGGAUUGGUCGCCAAGAUCCGCCACGAACGCCUACCUCGACGCCCUCAAAUUGUGUAACAAAUGCCAGAGGGAAUGCACCUCUUGCGACCCCCAAAUCCCUAAAAGCAACGAGUUCAUCUCGGCCCUUGCCGCCGGCAUGAGCGCGAAGCUCAUCGUUGAGGUCACCUCCGAGGUCUCCCCUUCCACAGUAGCCCUUGCGGUGGCCGCCCGCCAGACCGGCGGCAAGCUCGUCUGCAUCCUCCCGGAGCCCGACGCCCCAAACCCUUCCCGCCGGGCCAUCCACGAAUCGGGCCUUGGCGAUAUGGUCGAGUUUCGGGCCUCAGGGGACCCGGCCGAGGCCCUUUUCGGGUACGACAACAUCGACUUCUCCCUCGUCGACUGCAAGUCUCUCGACCGAAGGCGGCUGAGCCUUGGGGUCAACCCGAGACGUUCGGUGGUCGUGGCAAGCAAUCUUGUCGAGGGGGAGAAGGGUUUCGGGCCUGGCCAUCUUAGGGGAGUCGAGGGGGAGACAAGGGUUAGGAACAUGAAGCACCCAGUCGGGAGGGGCAUGGAGAUCACGAUGAUUGGGAAGGGUAACGAUUUCGGGAAGAGGAGGGUGAAGAGUAAAUCAGGGAGCUAUUGUGUGGGGAGGUUCGAUAGGAAAGGGCCCGGUGGUGGUGCCCACGUGAGGAGUACCGACAGGAGCAAGUGGGUUUUCCAGGUGGACGACAAGAGUGGGGAGGAGCACAUCUUCCGGAUGCCCAAGUCGAGGAGUGAGGUUUUCGAGGUGCAAAACGAGGUGUGA